AUGCCGCGCCACCUGCUGCAGCAGCCCGUCGACCGCCUGGCCGCGAUGGCCGCCGCGCCGGCCGCGGUUGCCGGCAGUGGGACGAGCCUGCGCACGGAAACGCUGCUCAUCCUGGCGGCGGUGCUCUGCUUCCUGCUCUGCGUGGUCGGGCUGGCCAUGGUCGCGCGCUGCUCCCGCAUGUGCAAUCCCUCCGCCUUCUCCGUCGAACCGCCGGGCGCAAUGGCCAAGGCGCCGUGCGAGGGGAUGGAAAAAAAGGCGCUGGAGUCGCUGCCGACCGUGUCGUGGCAGCCGGAGUCGAGCAAGGAGGUGGACGAGGACGAGCCGGAGCGGCCGGAAUGCGCCAUCUGCCUGGCGGCGUUCGCACGCGGCGACGAGGUGCGCGUGCUCCCGCGCUGCGGCCACGGCUUCCACGCCGCCUGCGUCGACGUGUGGCUCCUCUCCAGCUCCACCUGCCCGUCCUGCCGCCGCGCCCUCGUCGUCGUGUCGCCGGCGCCGCCAACCACCCAUCCUCCCGCGGGUGCGACGACGUGCUGUGGCGUGGCAGGCCGCUGCCGGCCGUCGGCAUCGUAG